AUGUCUUCCUCCAAGCCUCUCCACACUUACCACCGUCUCUCCAAAUCUAAAUCCAUUGACAGGGUGGAUUUCAAUCCUUCAAUUCCUAGGGCUCUUAGGACCCGUCCUUCUUCCUCUGUUCCUGUUGGAGAUUCCUCUCCUUUUGUGUCUUCUGCGGCUGCCUCCUUCUUUGAUGGGGUUGUCUAA